CCUGCAUACUCUCUCUCUCAUAUAUAUAUAUAUAUAAAAUGUAUAUAUCUUUCUUGAAAAGCAUAAUUUGACUGAAUAAGACUAAAGGGAGAUUGAACUAGAAGCCAAAAUUGGUUUUUGCUUCUUUGGCACUAUGCCUGCAUCUUUUCCUUACCUUCUUUCUAUCAAGGUACACGUUUCUCUCCUAACCAAAGCAAUUUGCUUUACUUUUUACUUCUUUAUUUAACAUUUUCAUACACACUUGUCUUGAGAUCAUCUUGAAUUGUUUCUGAAAAAACAAGAAAAAUGUUAGCUGUUUUUGAAAAAUCAAUCUCUAACCCACCUGAAGAGCUGAGCUUGCCUUCAUUGGGUUUAGAGAACUCCAUGAACAGAGAAGAGAUCUUGCAGACUUUUCGGUCAUCUUCAACAGAGGUCACCGUUUACAAUCUUACAAAUGGGAAUUUCAUGGCUUUGUCUCAUGAUGACACUAGCUAUUCUCACCCAAGGUCUAUCGUUGUUUUGGACGAUGUAUUUUGCAUUUUCAUUGGAACUUUGGUGAACACUUCAGAUCUCAGACGCCAUUAUGGGCUCCCGAGACAAGCAACAGAAGCCAUAGUUGUGGUUGAAGCUUAUAAGGUCUUGAGAGACAGAGCUCCAUACCCGAUUGAUCAAGUCAUCAAAGAUCUCCAAGGAAACUUUGCUUUCGUUCUCUUUGAUGCAAAUUCCGGUACCCUUUUCAUAUCCAGGGAUCGUAAUGGAAGUGUUGAACUUCAUUGGGGAUUGGCAGGUGAUGGGUCUUUAGUCUUCUCCAACCAUUCCAAUAUCAUCAAAGAAGCUUGUAGCAAAUCUUAUGGGCCCUUUCCUCCAGGGUGUAUAUUCAGAAAUGGAAGUGGACUGUUAAGCUUUGAUCAUCCAUUGAAUAAGGUAAGAGCAAUAACACACAAAGAUGAUGACUUUGAAAACAUCUGUGGAGUGAGUUUUCAGGUGGACUUGUACACUCGAAUCCCAAGCAUUCCACGUUCCGGCAGUGCUUCUAACUGGGCCGAUCAGGAAUCACCACCACCGCAUGAUCACCACGAUCACGAUGAUCAGAUCGAAUUAGACUUCAUUUCUUAAUCUUCUUUUCUAUUAUUAUGUAUUAUCUAGUCUUCUGCUCAGUACUAGCUAGUGCUGAUUUUAUGAAGAUUUGCACUAAUAUUGAAAUAACACCAAAAUAUUAUUGGCAUAAUUAAGCUUUUGAAUCUUAAAAUACAAAGUAGUAAUAAGUUUUUAAUAAAACAUUAUUUUUUCAUUCAUAAAGUUAACCGAUAAAGAUUAAGAUAACAAUCGUAAUGUAUUUAUUUAGUAUGAAAAAUUACAUAUAAAGCAACAACUGAAACAAAGUAACAAAACAAACCACAUUUAUUCUUGAUUGUAUAUAGUUUCUUCUUCACCUCAACUAGUUGAACUUAAUUAUUAUCAUUGUUUCUUCCAUCUUCAUUUUUCAUCUUCUUAUCUUUGUCAAACGACUUGUCGUUAGAUGAGCUAGUAUUACUAUCACUAGUUGGUUUCUUAGUGUUAGUUAGGUCACCAAAGGAAUUAAGAUUUUUUCCCAAAUCGCACUUUUCUAGAUUAGCUUUGCAUUCAGCUAGUAAUGGCACACAUAUUUGAGGAGAGGCAUAGCUAUUACCGCCCUCUAUGAUGGUGCCACCCUGAGAAGGAGCAUAGCCAUUACCGCCCCAUAUAGUGGCACCACCUUAAGGAGGAGCAUAGCCGUUACCGCCCCAUAUGGUAGCGCCACCUUGAGGAGGAGCAUAGCCAUUACCGCUACCGCCCCAUAUGGUGACACCACCCUGAGGAGGAACAUAGCCGUUACCACCCUGAGGAGGAGCAUAGUCAUUACCGCCCUCUAUGGUGGCACCACCCUCAAUGGUGGUACCAUCGAAACCAAUUCUGGUUCCAAUAACAAUUGGUGAUUGCGGCAAUGACAUCACCGGAGGUAUUGGUGGGAUUGCUGGAAUCGGUGGGAUCGGAGGCAUAGGUGGUAUAGGCGGCAUAGGCGGCAUAGGUGGUUGAAAUGGCAUAGGUGGCAGUAUAUUUGAGAUUUCUCCUGCGAUGUUUACAUCAUUCGGCUUUAUUAGAGCUGUUUGAUCACUGUCAUCAUCACCACCACCAUUGUGGUGAUGAUGGUGGUGGUGAUGAUGAGUCGAGAUAGUAAUAGUAGUUGUUGCGGGGUGAUUAUUACACGAGCCGAGCAAAGAAUAAGUGAUUGAAAGGCUAUUGUGGUUGUGAUGAGUAACAAGGCAAAGAAGGCUAAAGAAGUAGUACCACAUUUUGCUGCAUCCAUAGUUUUAUGUACUAUGUUUUAUAGUUUAUGAAAUGUAUAUGUAAUGAUU